AUGAAAUGUUCUAAUCGAAAGAACAAUAACAAUUAAGGUACUCUUGAAUAUCUAAUAUUGUAGCUAUCUAUGAAGUAUAAUUUAUUUAUGGGAAAAAACUAUUUAAAAACAAUUAUCAUUAUGCUGUUAAAUGGUCAGGAUGGCCAAUCUCUUAAAUGUCUUGGGAACCAUUAACUAGUUUUACAGAAGAUUCAUGUUAUUUAAUAAGGUAUUAUAUUCAAUUUUUAAAUAGACGCUUUGAAACUAGAAUUUGUUAUUUAUUUUAUAAUAAAAAGAUAUCUCCAUCUUAAAAUGGCAUCAGAAUUCAUGUAAAAAAAAGAUUUUGUUAAGUUUAUAUUCCUUAAAUCAUUAAUAAAAAUAAGUCAAUUAUUGAUCAAAAAUGGAAAUUAUAAAAUAUUUCAAAUUAACUUAUUUAAACUCAAUCUAUUAUAACUUAAAAUAUUAAGGAUGUAUCAUUAGUUGCUUAAGAUUCUAAAUUAGAAUCUAAAGGUAUUAUAGUCUAAUUUAAUCAAUUACCACCUUUUUUAGGAGAACGAUAAAUCAAACAAAAUAUAGUUUCAAUCUAAUCAAUGAAUAAUUUUAAUUAAAUUCUUAAAAAAGAUAGAGAAAUAGAAAAAGAUAUUAAAUAUUUAAUUUCACUAGAAAAAGCUUAAAAAAACAAGAUUAAGGAAUAAUAAUAAUAAGUUAUACAAUAUUGUGAUGUUUAAAAUGAAUAAUAAGAUUAAGGAGGUUAAAAAAUUAAUCAAAAUCAAUCUUUUAACUAAACAUAUAAUAAUAAUAAACUUUCAAAAAAAAACACUAAAUAAUCAAAUUCAAAUGAAAAGAAAAAUGAAAAUACAAGAUAACAAAGGCAAAAAAUUAAAAAAAAAUCAGAACCUUUCAAUAAUAGAAUUACAAAAAAAUUUUUAAGUCGUUCCUUUGAUUAAGAAAAAAAGAGGAAGUAAGAUUAAUCAUAUGGUGAAAUUAUUACUAUUGAAGAUGACUGUGAGUCUUUUUAAGUUGAUAUUUAAAGUUAAGAGGAAGUAGAUCUAAAUGAAAAAAAAGAAGUUUUUCAUAUAAAUGUCAAAAAAUAAAAAUAACUUUAAAAAAGUACUUCCUUAAUUUUAGAAUAAUCUUUAAUAAUUGCUAAAGAUCAAUAACAAAAAAGAGAAAAAGGUAGGGCAGUGAAAACAGCAAAUUUCAAAACAUUUCAAAAUUUAAUUAAUUAAGAAUCCUAAAUAUAAUAAGAAGAAAAUAAGAAUGAUGACGAUAUAAAUGAUAAUUAGAUUAAUAUGAUAUAAUUCGAUGAUUACUUAAAUAAUUCUAAUGAAAAUUCUCAUAAUACUAUGAGUAAUAAUAAUGAAAAUAAUAAUAAUAAUGACAACAAUAAUAUUAAUAAUAAUAAUAAUAACAAUAUUAACAAACAAAAAUUUAUCAUAAAAAGUGAUAAGUCAUAAUAUUUCUAAAGUAAUGUAAUAAAAGAUUAAGUAAAUUAAAAUAAGAUAUAAAAAAAUGUGGAGAAAGAUGAUUUAUAAGAUUAAAUUUAAAAUUAAAAAAAGAAAGAAAAUGAAAAUUUAGUAGAUAUUAUAUUCAAAGAACCAAAGUAAUAAAGCCAAAUAAAAACAAGUCAGUAAAUUUAAUAAGAAAUAUAAAAACUUCAUUUAGAUAGGAUGGCUUAAAAUAAACCAAGUAGAUGCAGUGUACCAAUUAUUCCAAGAAUAAAAGAUGUUUAAAUUUAAGUUUAUAUAAUUGAAAUUGAUUAAUAAGAGAUGAUACAAUAUGAUUCAGAAUUAAAUAAAGUGAUAAUUCCAAAAUUGAUGAUUUCCACAAUUAACUCACAUUAGUUAAUGAAUGAGUAGUUAUUUUUUUAAUGUCUGUAUGAAAAUGGUAAAGAAUAUUAUUUAUAAUAUGAUGAAUUGAAAGCCUAGAACCCUUAAGAACUGUUAGAUUAUAUGAUAUUAAAUUCUAUGUUAAUUUGA